AUGCCUGACAUCACAACGUUGCCGAGUUAUCCACUACCCCAAGAUGAGGAUCUGGGCGUUGAGGUUAUUCCCAGCCAUCCGCUAGGCGUCAAGCCCAGUGGCAAUGCACUAUUAGCCACAUCGAACCUUCGCUCGGCAAUCGGCACAUGGCAACUCCUACCCGACGAAUUGAUCCUGAUGCUGUUGGAAUGCCUGGAUGGGGCCAGUCUACUGGCAUUUGGAAGGACAUGUAAAGCUUUUUACGCAUUCACCCGUGCAGAGGAGCUGUGGAAGUCUCUGUUCAUUCGCUGUUCUCCUGAAUCAUUUACAUGGCGAGGAACAUGGCGAUCAACAUAUUUGAAUCUGCCUGCCAGCAAAGUCCCCGUAGUGGAUUGUUCUAACCUCUACUCGGAUGUUCUAUACCGACCUUUCAACUGCGCGCACAUCGUUAUGGAUUCAUAUGUCACUAAGAUCCCUAAGCGCAAUCAAAUUCCACGUCUACCCGACUUGUCACCGGAAGAGUUCCACGAAAAAUGGGCUGACCGCCCAUUCAUUCUGACCGAGCCCAUCAAAGACUGGCCAGUCUACAAGAACUGGACGGUUGGUCAUCUGCUUUCAAAAUACGGACAGGAGAAGUUCCGCGCAGAAGCAGUUGACUGGGUCCUCCGUACAUACGGCGAUUACAUGGCCGACAAUGUGGACGAAAGUCCGCUGUAUCUAUUCGAUCGGAACUUCGUCUCCAAGAUGGGACUAGCAGUUGGUCCGCCCAGUGAGACCCCUGAUGCAGCCUACUGGCCGCCAUCGUGCUUCGCUGAAGACUUUUUCUCGGUGCUGGGGGAUGAACGUCCGGAUCGACGGUGGUUGAUCGUGGGACCAGAGCGGUCGGGCAGUAAAUUCCAUAAAGACCCGAACGCCACCAGUGCUUGGAAUGCUGUGCUCAGGGGGCCCAAGUAUUGGAUUAUGUUCCCGUCUGGCGAUAAGCAGAAUUCCCCACCAGGAGUUUUCGUCUCGGAUGACCAGAGCGAGGUUACCUCACCGCUCAGUAUCGCCGAAUGGCUAUUGACUUUCCACGCUGAGGCGCGACGGACGGCAGGCUGCAUGGAGGGAAUUUGCGGCGAAGGCGAGAUUUUACAUGUGCCGUCUGGAUGGUGGCAUUUGGUUGUGAAUCUUGAACCGUCGGUCGCCAUUACCCAAAAUUUCAUGCCCCGGGCACAUCUCUGUGCUGCGCUGGAUUUCCUAUCCAACAAAUCCGACCAAGUCUCCGGGUUCAAGAAGACAGUUCAAAAUCCAUACCAAAAGUUUAUUGAUGGUAUGCAAGACGCACACCCGGAACUCUUACAACAGGCUCAAGAAGAGCUGCAGAGGAAAGCAGAAGGGAAGAAGCGCAAGUGGGACGAUAUUGUCCAUGGCAAGACACAAGAUGCAGAAGAACAAGAUGCUGGUGGAUUCAGCUUUGGAUUUGGAGAUGAUGGGAGUGAUGUUGAAGUCCCAUGA